UAACCAGAAUUCGAGUUAUCGCGGUAAAUUUUUAUCAAAGGAAACGAAAUUUAGUUCGAGUUAGCGGGGAAUUCGAGUUAUCCGAGUUCGAGUUAACCAAGUUAAAAUGACUGAAAAGUGGGGUCAAAUCCGAGGGAAAUGGGACCUGGUUCGAGUUAAUUAGCGGGGAAAUUCGAGUUAUUCGAGUUCGAGUUACCGGGGUUCUACUGUGAUAGUUUUCGCCCCAGUAAUAGUAAAAAUCUAAAAUAUAUGAAUAACAACCCCGAUUAACAACAAGACCUCGUUAUGGCGAACAUAUUUUUUAUGAUUGAUUGUGCCAGCCACUUGGGCCCUUCGUUAUAUCGAGAUAGUCACUGAUAUAACACCGCGCAGGAAACGUGAGGGACUGGAAACAGCUUCUCAAAUGAUCAAAACAUUCCUGUGCACCGCCGGUCGUGAGUUAUGAUGUGUGCUCCAACUGACUUCUCAGUGAAUAACUGAACUGAUCUUCCCGUUUAGAACACAAGAGUCUCGACUUAUUCAUCGGCAAGUCUUUUCCAGGAUAACUGGUUGACUAAUACGUUCUGAAAGAACCUGGCUCAGAAGCAUCAAAUAACCAAAGCGGUCCGGCUCAAAGGUAAUCCGCUCAUUGCAUGAGCAGCGCACUAGAGGGAUGACAGAGUUGGUCCUACAUGAAGCGGCUGUUAACGGCGAAUAUCAGCAGCUCGAGAGCAUGUUGAUGAUUCACCGAAUAGAUAUCGAUCACAAAGACGAAGACUUCGGCGAUCGGACCGCUCUGCACUGGGCAGCUUCCAGAGGUCAUGGGAAGUGUGUGAAGCUUCUCUUGGAAUACGGCGCUGAUCCUACCGCGCGCAUGGUGGGAGGCUGGACACCAGCUCACUGCGCGGCGGAGACUGGGCGCUUGAAUGUGCUCAAAGUUUUGGUUGAUCACCAGGCCCCUGUUAUUAUCGCAGAUAACUCUGGGGAUACGCCAAAGAGAGUAGCUCAGAUUUAUGGACACACAGCUUGCGUUGAACUUCUGGAAAGCGCCGAAGAUUCAUCAGUUCAAAAGCAACUUCUCAUUCGGGACAAGUUUCGCUCUAAUACAAGGAAGAUCUCACGUAUCGUGGCUGAGAAAGGCCUGGAAAGUUUUCAGGACAAAGUAGCAGAUGUAACAAGCUGAGGGUUGGUGCUUCAUUCGGUUUGUAAACUUUUCUCCUGGUUUCCAGCUAAUGAGUGAUCUGACCUGUAGCUAGACCAUGCGGCAGUCAUGGAGAUCACGAGAUUCAGAAAGUGCGUGAGGAACGCCUAAGUCGCCCACGUGUUAUGCGCGAAACACGCGCGUAGAGAGGAGACGACUUACUUUGGCUUUCUCUCUUACACCAAAUAACUGCUUAAGAAUGCUGCAGUUUCACUUGAUUUUGCGUUAAAAAGAAGAGGUGGAGUAUAACAAUUGAGCAAACUAAGUUAAGCGAGGUCUGCUAACCAUGACCAGUCACACAGGUCCAAGCAGUCUAUAUCAAAUUUUCAUAACUUGAAUUCUUCAGGCUCUUUUUUUCGUGAUGUUAGAAAAAGGAUGGCAUGGCCAUGUCUCAUUUUUAGUUCAACCUCACUUCUCGGUCAGUCGAUUUGGAUAUCUGUCCGGUCGAUAUAUAUCUUAUUUGUAACCCUGUUGUCCAACUUUAGUCCAUGGAAUAAAUUUUCGUUCUUGGUCUUGGUCGUAGUCUGUCUCCGGUCUUUUGUCACGGGUGUCGCUUAGCAAAAUGUCGUCUCUUCAUUGCGCUACGCUGAUCAUAAUAUGAACUGCAGGGUGCUAGUUAAUUCUCCGAAGAUAUGUUAUUGUGCCCGCGCUUCAUCCCUUAAUUAAACCAGACGAUAACACAACAAGCUGUGAUUGAUUUAGAAAUAUAAUUGGAUGAGAAAACUCCGUGGUGACUACCACGGCCAAGGCCAAGGCCAAGCCCAAUUUAGCGGUCAGAGUACUUUUUUUUUUUUUUCUUACAUCCAAUUAUUUCUCUCUUGGAUAAGGAUAUACUUUUAGUUCCAACACAUGUUACAAAUUUUAUUGGCCACGGGGUAGCUGCCGGUUUCGCCCCAUGGCAAGUUCUCCCCCACCGAGUUCGCCCACACAUCGACUCAACGACUCGUUAGUGGUGAGACUCCCUAGUGGUGGCGAGGUGACCGGUAACCGUUUGACUUUGUUGCUAUGCGUACCCCGGCUGCAACAAGUAAACAAUCAUCAUCUAAGCUUAUCAAGUAUACACGGACUGAAAUGGUUCUUCGAACAACUACGUAAAUACGAACACAAAUACGAACACAAAAUUUUGGGGCGAACUCGAAAUAGAAAUUUUAUAGUGGGGGCGAACUCGGUCGGGGCGAACUCGCCAUGGGGCGAAACCGGUAUCAUGCGUGCAUGGUGCCGUGUUUCUUCUAAUUUGGGAAAUAGUUGGAUAGUUGCAUCAAUGGGAUUAAUCGUGAAUGAAUGAGAUUUUUCGGAGCAUCGUAUCUCUUGUUCCCAGUUUAAAUAUAUAUCACUAGCUUAAAAUACCUUUAAUUCACUGUCCAGUUUUAGUAUAAAUCUUCUAGCGUCCUGUCACGAAUGCCUUCCUCUUAUUGGCUACGCUAAACACUAUCUAUUCUGCUGUAGAUGUUGAUCAGCCUAGCAGUUUGAGGUUGUUUUCAAAAUGGCGGCUGCUUCUUUGCGUCUAUGAAGAGGAUUUAGUUACAGCUUUUUAACGACUAGUAGAUUUUUAUACAAAUUUCGAGCUCAUAAUCUAAUUGUUAAACAUAACACUGCACAUAGUUUCACGCACAGUCCAAUUAACGGGUAAUAGGACUACUGAGGCGGGAAGCUGUGUAUAUAUAAUGCGUUUUAUGGAACCCAGUAUAAGUAAUGGUAAUAGGACUGAGUGGAGUCCAAUUCGGUCUGUAAUCAUGCGAGUGAUAACAAAAUCGGAC